GUGUCCCCAGGGACCUUCUGUGGGAGCUGUCUGUGCUGCUUAGUCACCUAGAGGAGAUCCAGUUCCGAGGUGGAGCUUCUGAGCAUCCUUGAUUCGUGGAGGAAGCGCUGCCGAAGGAUGGAAUCAACAGCUUAACCUCGGCAGGUGUCUGGGUGGCUCUGGUUCAUCUGCUAUGGUCGCGGAGCCCGAGGUCUAAGGAAUACAGGGACUUUUGUGAUGACAAUAUGACUAAUAGUAAAGGAAGAUCUAUUAGCAGUAAAACAAGUGGUGGUUUCAGUAGUGGAGAAGGUUUUGUCAAUUGGACUUUAAAUUUAAAUACAAUUCAGUCUGACAAGUUUUUAAACUUACUGUUGAGCAUGGUUCCAGUAAUUUACCAGAAAAGCCAGGAAGACAGGCACAAAAAGACCAACAGCCUUUGGCAAGAUGGGUUGUCAGGGGCAGGCCAGGCGUUCAGUAGCAGGUCCGAGCAGCACGUGGAGUACCACGGUUUCUCCGAGCAGCCUUUCCACGGGAGCAGUGGGCACGCGCCCUCAAACUGCAGUCCCAAGUACGACGACUAUGCCAACUACAAUUACUGUGACGGCAGGGAGGCCUCGGAAACGACCGCCAUGCUGCAGGGCGAAGACGCGUCCAGUGAGGGUGACGAGGACAUCAUUGUGGAAACAAGCCAGAAGUUGCCCAAGGAAUCCAGCGGCAUCAUGGCCCUGCAGAUCCUGGUGCCGUUUCUGCUGGCUGGAUUUGGCACGGUUUCAGCCGGCAUGGUUUUGGAUAUAGUCCAGCACUGGGAGGUGUUCAAAAACGUAACAGAAGUUUUCAUUUUAGUUCCUGCCCUUCUCGGUCUCAAAGGGAACUUGGAAAUGACACUGGCAUCCAGAUUGUCCACCGCAGUAAAUAUUGGGAAGAUGGACUCACCCAUUGAAAAGUGGAACCUAAUAAUUGGCAACUUGGCUUUAAAGCAGGUUCAGGCAACAGUUGUGGGUUUUUUAGCAGCGGUGGCGGCGAUCAUCUUGGGCUGGAUUCCAGAGGGAAAGUAUUACCUGGAUCAUUCCAUCCUCCUGUGCUCCAGCAGCGUGGCCACCGCCUUCAUCGCGUCUCUUCUGCAGGGAAUAAUAAUGGUUGGAGUUAUCGUUGGUUCAAAGAAGACUGGUAUAAAUCCUGAUAAUGUCGCUACACCCAUUGCUGCCAGUUUUGGGGACCUUAUAACUCUGGCCAUAUUAGCUUGGAUAAGCCAGGGUUUGUACUCCUGCCUUGAGACCUAUUACUACGUUUCUCCACUAGUUGGUGCCUUUUUCUUGGCCCUAACUCCUAUCUGGAUUAUAAUAGCUGCCAAACAUCCAGCUACAAGGACAGUUCUCCACUCAGGCUGGGAGCCCGUCAUCACGGCGAUGGUGAUAAGUAGCAUCGGGGGCCUUAUUCUGGACACAACUGUAUCUGACCCAAACUUGGUUGGAAUUGUUGUUUACACUCCAGUUAUUAACGGUAUUGGUGGCAACUUGGUGGCCAUCCAGGCCAGCAGAAUCUCCACCUACCUCCACUUACACAGCAUUCCAGGAGAACUGCCAGAUGAACCCAAAGGUUGCUACUACCCGUUUAGGACUUUUUUUGGUCCAGGAGUAAAUAAUAAGUCUGCCCAGGUGCUCCUGCUUCUGGUGAUCCCCGGACAUCUGAUCUUCCUCUACACCAUCCACCUGAUGAAGAGCGGCCACACCUCGCUGACCGUGAUCUUCGUAGUUGUGUACCUGCUUGCUGCUGUGUUACAGGUGUUCACCUUGCUGUGGAUCGCCGACUGGAUGGUGCACCGCUUCUGGAGGAAGGGGAAGGACCCAGACAGCUUCUCCAUCCCCUACCUGACGGCGCUGGGCGACCUGCUGGGCACAGCUCUGUUAGCCCUGAGUUUCCAUUUCCUGUGGCUCAUCGGGGACCGAGAUGGCGAUGUCGGAGACUAAUAAAUCCUACCUGCUGCUCUCAAGUCACCCAGGAGGAGCACCCAAGAUGACCACUUCUGGCUCUUUUCCAAAACUCUUACGUCACUAGUUUGACUUCUGCCAGGGUAAUCUUCAGUUGGCCCUGAUUCAAUUAAAUGGCCUUAAUUUUUUUUUAAGGAAUUUGUCCUGAAACCAGAAUGAACAGUAUUUGUGCUGCUUUUUGUAGAAUAAAUAAUUUGACAUAGA